UGAUAAUAAUAAAGGGACUGGGGCGUGCUUUCUUUCUCUCUCCUCCGUAUAGUUGAAAGAAAAAUAGAAACGCAUCGCGUCAUAUAAUCACGCCCUGCGACUUAAAGUCUCGAACGUGAGGAGCACCGCUUCCGACGCGACGCGCCGCACCGCGCCGUGCCGUGCCGUGCCGUAUCGCGACAGUGAACGACAAGACGAUUAUUGUUCCGCAUCGAUUCUGUACGGGUCCGAAGCUGAGUGUGUCGGGAUUUUAGUGGACGGACGACUGCUACUAACAAUCGGCCCGCGUCACCGUUCUCUCCCCGUGAACAUUAUUGUGUAUCUAUACUGGCAUUCGCUCCGAACCGGCGAGCAACCCUGAACAAGCGUGCGCGCGCGCGCGCGAGCGACGAGCAUAUACAUACAAGACGAGCUUCGGUCCGAAGUUGUUACCGCUUUUCGUUGUUACCGCGCGUUUAAUCUGAUCGCCUGUCUAGAGCUAGUGUCUGCUGCUGUCGGUCACGCGCGCGUUUCUGUUGCCGGAGCUAAGCGCUAGCGCGAAACAGUAAUACGGGUUCGCAGCAGGAAUUGACCAAAAUGGUGCUAGCGUCGAAGUGUACGAUUGGUUGAACCACAAGGUGUGCAGGAAGUUACGUGUAAUAAGAAAAUGGAUGAAUUUGCUGGUGAUGGUGUUGAUCUGUAUGAUGACGUGAUCGCUGCACCAGCCGGUGGUAAUGGCGGUGUCUCCUCUGGAAAUACUGGAGAUGGUGGUGGUGAUACCACAUCCCCAAAUGAAGAAACCAAUGGAAAUACACCUUAUCAUCAAUUGGGCAAUAAUAUACAACCAAAUCAAAUUGGUAGACGACACCAAUUAUAUGUUGGAAAUUUGACAUGGUGGACUAGUGAUCAAGACAUUACAGAUGUGGUUCAAAGCAUCGGUGUGACUGAUUUUGUAGAAGUGAAAUUUUUUGAGAAUCGCGCUAAUGGGCAGUCCAAAGGCUUCUGCGUAAUAUCUUUGGGUUCCGAACAAAGUAUGAGAUUAUGUAUGGACAGACUGCCCAAGAAGGAACUACAUGGUCAGAAUCCUGUAGUAACUUAUCCCACGAAGCAAGCUUUGAAUCAAUUUGAAUCGCAGUGUAAGACACGACCCGCCCCGGCUCCGCAGCAGAGUCAGAGCCAGCGCCCUCAUAACCCCCAUCAACAUCAGCCGCCAAUGCCACCUCAUCAACAACAUCCCCAGCAUCCUCAACAUCCUCAACACUCGCAACAAAAUCAUGGCCCUAGAAUGAUGAUGGGUCCUCCGCAAGGUGUUAGACCGCAAAGGAUGCCGCCUCCCGGAAUGGGUCCUCCAGGUCCCGGGGGUCCGGGUCAGCAAGGACCGCCGCGUAUGCACGGCCCACCAAUGGGUCCAGGUCCGGGACCACAUCACCCAUUACCCGGCCAUCCCAAUCAAGGCCCGCCGCCCGGUUAUCAGCAAGGACCAUGGAAUGGUCCGCGACCCAAUGGUCCACCCGGGCCGCCUAGAGGACCCAGCGGACCUGGCGGUCCGCCGCAACAAGGCCCACCUGGACCGGGUCCUGGUCAGCACAGACCACCAGGAAUGCAAUUUCAUGGUGGUCCACCCGGACCGCCCGGCCAGGGACCUCCACGCGGCCCACCCGGUCACCCCGGUGGCCCUCCCGGAGAUCCGCGAGGAGCGCAACCUCGUCCUGAGUGGAACAGGCCUCCAGGAAUGCAUCAUGGGCCUCAGGGACCACCAGGUUUCCCUCAACAUCAACAUAUGCAAGGGCCGCAGCCUGGCCAAGGCCCACCACAGAGAGGACCUCCUCCAGGUUCUAUGGGUGGUCCAGGAGGCCCUCCUCCAGGACACGGUGGACCACCUCAAGGACCUCCACAAGGACCGCCAGGUGGUCCGGCACCUCAUGUCAAUCCUGCAUUCUUUCCUCAAGGACCACCUCAUCAACAUCCAGGGCAACAUCCACCUGGUCCUCCCGGUCCACCACACGGUCCACCUCACGGACCUCCGCAUGGUCCGCCCCAUGGUCCACCUCACGGACCUCCGCACGGCCAGCCGCACGGACCACCGCACGUACCGCCACACGGUUACGGACCACCGAGUGCACAAGCACCUUACGGAGCACCCGGACCUGAUCACCGUCCAGAGGGUCCUCCUCCGCUCUCCGAGCAAGAAUUCGAAGAGAUAAUGGGCCGUAACCGAACAGUAUCGUCAUCCGCAAUUGCACGAGCAGUAUCCGAUGCCGCGGCGGGUGAAUACGCUAGUGCCAUAGAGACUUUGGUUACCGCCAUCUCACUAAUAAAACAGUCCAAAGUUGCCGCAGAUGAUAGAUGCAAGAUUCUCAUUAGUUCUCUGCAGGACACUUUACGUGGCGUUGAAACUAAGAGCUACGGUUCUGGACGCAGAGAGCGUUCACGUUCGCGCGACAGAGAGCGCAGCCACAGAAGACGACGCGAACGGUCCAGAAGUCGGGACCGCGAGUACCGUGAGCGUAGCAGGGACCGGGAUCGAGAGCGCGACCGUGAGCGCGACCGUGAGAGAGAGAGAGAUCGCGAUAGAGACCGGGAGCGUUAUUACAGCGAACCAUAUCCGAGAGAGCGAUCACGCAGCAGAGAAAGAGAACGCGAACGUGAAAGAGAUCGUGAAUAUAGAGAGCGAAGCAGAGAAGAAAGUACAACACGUCAAUCAGCCAGGCCAAGAGUAAAAGAAGAACCGCCAGAGACGGCACCCGUCUCGUCUUCCAAGGCGUCUAGUAAUGUCGUUAAAAGAGACAAAGAGAGGCAAAGAGACAAAGAGAGCGAUAUAUACCCCAUGUAUUAUGACGAUCGCUACAGAGAGCGUGAGCGAGAGCGAGAUCGAGAACGAGAGUCAAGCCGACGGCCGUCCGAGCGGGAACGAGAACCGGAACGAGAACGUGAACGGGAACGGGAACGGGAUCGUCGAGACGAACGAGGAGACUCCUCGCAUCGCUCAAGACACUAAAAUGAAAGAGAAGGAAAAUACAAUUAUGUACACAUAUAGUGCAUAUGUAUAUGCAGAAACAUAGAUAUAUGUAUUCGUGUAGUACUAUCAUAUUAAUCUAUUCUCGAAACAAAUGGAUAUUCCCAUAAUCGUAAUACGGUUACACAAAUAUGCGUGUAUACGUAGUGUAUUAUCAUAUUAAUAUAUAUAUGUGUGUGUGAUGAGAGAACUAAAGAAGGGAGAGAAAGAAACAAAAAGAUACAAUUGUUUGGGAUAUUUUUUUUUCACUUCGGAUUUGCUUAUUAGAGAGAAGAUAAGAAUAUUCACGAUGUAUGUUUAAGAGGGUUCUCACGAAUUUUUUUUUUUUUUUUUUGCUGCGCGUUGUCAAAUUCUCCGCUGUUUUAUAUGCGUGUAAAACAUUACUAGUGGAUAUAAUAUUUUAAGAACUUAACUUAAGGGUCAAGGAUCACAGUGGUGAAUUGUACUGCUCAAUUAUUGAGAUUCUGUGUGAAAUAUAGUACAGUUUUAUAGAUCGUAUAUUUAUAUAACCGUAUUACGAUUAAUAUUCACUUAUUUCGAGAAUCGAUUCGCAAAGCAAAUGGUUAUCGCGUACGAUAUGAAAGAAGAUAAGAAGAGAAGAAGGGACAUUUUGAUGCAAAAUUGCACAAAAUUACGAUACACAAUCGGAAAGAAGCAGGAAGGAGAACAAAGUGCAAGAGCAAGAGCGUACGCUCGGAGAGACGGAAGGAAGAGCGAAGACAUCUGCGUGAGGAACCAUCGACUUCUGCAUAGACGAUGCAAGAUUGUAUCUUAAUAUAAUACAUAUAUAUGCUUUGAAAAAUAUAAAUACUAAACAUGUC